GUCUGGGCACACUACGUGGAGCAGCCUGUGGACGAGGUGCCUCCCGUGCCGGAGGAGAAGGAGCGCUCAGCCACCUAUAAGCCGGUGUUUGUGACCGAGAUCACUGAUGACCUGCACUUCUACGUGCAGGAUGUGGAGACAGGCACCCAGCUGGAGAAGCUAAUGGAGAACAUGCGAAAUGACAUCGCCAGCCACCCUCCUGUCGAGGGCUCCUACGCCCCGCGCCGGGGAGAAUUCUGCAUUGCCAAAUUUGUGGAUGGAGAAUGGUAAGCCACUCGGGCCC